AUGGCGGCACCCAUGGCGGCGGCGCGCUCCGUCCGCUGGGUCGUGCGGGCCGCAGCCGCGGGGCCGCGUCUGCUGGGCCCGGCCCCUGCCGCCUCGGUUCCGCGGCCCGGCCGCUGCUGCGGGAGCAGCUCGGCGCUGGGCAGCAUCCUGGGUGUCCCCUCGCAGAAGCCGCCCGCAGCGCUGGGCCAGCACCCGCCGCCCGUCGCCAUCAGCAGAGAGGAGCAGGAGCGGCUGCUGCAGGAUCGGCCUGACCAGCCCAGCAACCCCAGGGUGCUCAGAAUCGCCAUCAUCGGAGCUCCCAACGCGGGGAAGUCCACGCUGUGCAACCAGCUUCUGGGCAGGAAGGUUUUCCCUGUCUCCAAGAAGGUGCACACAACGCGGUGCAAGGCCCGGGGUGUUGUCACCCAUGAGGACACACAGCUGAUCAUUCUGGACACACCUGGCCUCACUAAUCGUGUUAAAGUCAAAAGACAUAAAUUGGAGGAAGCCAUGCUGACAGACCCGUGGGACAGCAUGAAACAUGCGGACUUAGUUCUGGUGUUGGUGGAUGUGUCUGAUCACUGGACACGAAACUCCCUGAGCAAGGAGGUGCUGAAGUGUCUGUCUACGUUUCCCCACGUCCCAAGUGUCCUGGUUCUGAACAAGGUGGAUCUGCUGAAGAAGAAGUUCCUCCUGCUGGAGCUGGUCAAUGAGCUGACAGAGGGAAUUGUGAAUGGAAAGAAAUUGGAAGUGAGAGUUGCGGUUGAACAGAAUUCCAGUUCUUCAGCCAAGUCUCCUCUUCGAAUCACUCAGGCUUCACCAUCUGAGAACAGGGCCCCUCAGUCAAGCCCAAAUCAAGCCCGAAGUGUCUCUGGCUUGGAAAACCACAGUGAUGUGGAGGCUUCGGAGUGCAGCGUUGUCACAGGAGAACCACAAGGGCUGACUCGAAAUGGACCCAAAGAGCUGAAAGAGAGGAAAGGUUGGCCGGGCUUCCAGGAGAUUUUCAUGCUGGCAGCUCUCCAUGGGGAGGAGGUGGAUACACUGAAGCGGUACCUCUUCCUGCAAGCCAAGCCAGGCCCUUGGGAGUUCCACAGUGGGGUCUUGACCAGCCAGUCACCUCAGGAGGUCUGUAAUAAUAUCAUCAGGGAGAAGAUACUGGAGUACCUGCCACUGGAAGUGCCCUAUGGUGUGACUCAGGUGACAGAGAUGUGGGAGGAAGGAGAGUGUGGGGAGCUCCUCAUUGUGCAGAGCCUCCUGGUCCCAAGGAAAUCUCAUAUGUUCCUUCCUGCUGUUAAGCAGCAUCAGGAUGAGCGUGGUGAGCUUCUCUUCUCUUUGGGUUUUAAUCCAGAUGAUGCUGAUUGGAAGAGGAGGGAAGGUCAUCAGCAGGAUUGCUCAGGAGGCUGGCCAGGACCUGAUGAACGCUUUCCUGUGUGAUGUCCGCUUGAAGCUCAAGGUGGAGGUGAAGAGUUGAGCUCUUUGCCCAUGUUUUAACAGACUUGAGCUCUCUGGUUGUGCAGAGAAACCGGUCCCGUUUUCCCCCGCAGGUCUCUUGGCACCUUUAUUCAGUCCAGAAGCAGAGAAUGAUGGUGUCAGGGUCGAGGCCUGAAGUAGGAUGUGUUAUUCUGUGUGGGAAUGGCCUAAACUGAAAUAAAACCUCCAGACCUGCCACUCUGUGGGGCCCUUGGCACAGAGGCAGUGGAGCCCAGCACCCUCCUGAGCUGCACAUGGAUCUGGUGGUGGGAGGCUUGAGUUUCCUCUCCACAUGAGGCUGUGCUCAGGUGUUUGGAGCCAGAAAUCCAGGCCAAUCCCCAUGUCCUGUAAUACAUCAACAUCCCUGGGUGAGGAGAGCCCAGGCUGCUGCCCUGCCAGUGAGCAGAGCUUGGAACCUGUUGAGCAAAUCCUGCACCCACCAGCAUAAGAUCAGGGAGAUGAUUUAGCAGCAUUGGGAAAAUGGAAAUUGGGAGCUGCUGAAGGAUAUUCCACUGAUAGGAAUGUCUCAUGGAUCAUCCAUGAGCUGGGUGGAAAAGCCUCCAGUGUGGGGCUGCCUUGCCUCUGCGACACUGGGGUCUCUGGAAUGCUGCUGUCCAACUUCUGUAUUUGCCUUACAAUAAAGUGAGGUCACAGCACAA